CGUCCCGCCCUGCCCCGCGCCGCCCGCUCGCCCUUGCCGCCGUCCCGGCCGCGCCAUGUUCCGCGCCCGCCGCCUCCUCCAGCGCUUCGCCGCCCGCCCGCCGCUGCCGCCGCCGCCCCGCGCCCGCGGCUAUGCCGAGCCCGCCGCCGGCCCGGCCCCCAUGGCCUUCACCUUCGCCUCGCCCACGCAGGUGUUUUACAACGGUGCCAACGUGAAGCAGGUGGAUGUGCCCACGCUGACGGGCUCCUUUGGCAUCCUGGCCUCUCACGUGCCCACCCUGCAGGUCCUCAAGCCAGGAGUUGUGACAGUCCACGCUGAGGAUGGCACAGCCACCAAGUACUUCGUGAGCAGCGGCUCUGUCACGGUGCAUGCGGACUCCACGGUGCAGGUGCUGGCAGAGGAGGCAGUGACCAUGGACAUGCUGGACCUGGCUACUGCAAAAUCCAACCUGGAGAAGGCUGUUUCAGAGAUGGCUGCAGCAUCUGAUGAAGCAGCUAAAGCAGAAGCUCAGAUUAAAGUAGAAGCAAAUGAAGCCCUUGUAAAAGCCCUGGAGUAAUUAAGGAAUCCCACUGUUGAUGCUGAGAAACCCCAGACUGUCCUACUUGUCCUGACUUCCCUCCUUGUCCAGAUGGUGUGGGACAGACAGAGGUGGAGAGAAACGCUCCCUGAUGCAUUAAAAGGAAACGUGACCCCGUC